AUGAUAGGAGCACUGGCAGUACCUCCAGUACAGUACAAUCCCACCUCCUCGAGUUCAUCCAUCGCCCUCAACCUCGACCUCAUAUGCUCCUCACACUCCACAGACCACAGGGGAAAGCGACCUCGGAGGCGGCAGCUCGGAGACAAGGAAAGGGUGCCAUUUGCAAGCAGGCCAACGCAAAGGUGUUCGUUAGGUGAUCAGCCCCUCGGCAACAGCUCCGGCGUCCCGCUUCUUGUGGAUGGUUUAUGUAUGAGUUGUACUUGUGAGAUCACUGAGGAGGAGCUCUUCUUGAGCUCGGCGGCGCAGACUUGCAGCAGAGUUGCUGACCUGCAGGAUCCUUCCGAAUCCAUAGAAGCACUUCUUGGUGGCGUUGGUAGCGGUUCUAUUAGAACGCUCAGAAUGGAUGGCAUGGAUUUGCCAUCUCCCAGGUGCCAUCCUCAGCAUCAACAGAUUUCUGGGGAACAGAGGGAUCAGAACAGCACCAGUAAAAGGCAAUCCCGCACCACUGAGAUUCCGUGCACUUUGGUACAAGAGGUCCAACAUCUUGAGAAGCGACUAAAUGAUCAGUUUGCCAUGCGGCAUGCUCUAGAGAAAGCAUUAGGUCACAAGCCCUGUGCCAUCCAUUUAUCGAAAGACUGCUGUGUUCCAAAGCCUACUGAGAAGCUAAUACAGGAAAUUGCGGUACUAGAGCUAGAAGUCAUAUGCUUGGAGCAGCAUCUCCUAACACUCUACCGGCAGGCCUUUGAACAGCAAUUGUGCAGUACAAUUUCUGCUUGCGGCACGGAACGAAGCAAGCGAUCAGCAAGGUCAUUUUCAGGAACACUAUCAGAAACUUCUGCACUCGAUUUCUCAACCCCAAAGAAGCAUCCAUUGGUUCAGUCCAGUCGCAUGGUCCAAGCACGCAGGUCGGCGACGGCAACACUUAAUAGUGAGCCUGGCAUUUCACAGCACAAUGACAGCAAGACCAUCAUUGGGCGCAGCCAUUCCUCACUACUUCCGCGUUCCAUUUGCUCCGCUAGAGUAUCUCCUUCAGCAAACAAUCUUGCUAGAGCUCUUAAACCAUGUCAUACAUCGCCUCUAUCAUUUGUUGAGGAGGGCAAGUGCAUGGAUUCAAGUAUUGUAAGCUUAGCAGAUAUCCUGGGUACCAGGAUUGCAGAUCAUGUUCCUCAGACACCUAACAGGAUAUCUGAGGACAUGAUCAAAUGCAUUGCUUCCAUAUACAUUAAGCUCAGAGACGUUAGUGCCGUUCAACGUGCCUUCCUCCCCUCACCAUGCUCGUCCUUUUCAUCGGCGAGCGGGAUCUCUUCUAAAUUUACUGGCGAUAUAUGGAGCCCAAGAUUGAGGAAAGAUAGCUUUAUUGAGGCAUGGCAGGACAGUUCAUUCAGUUCUGGUGAUCUUGGUCAGCAGUAUGAUUCUGUAAUUGAGGUGUCUGCUCUCUGCAAGGGGUCUCAGAGGUCUACCGAUACGAAAGAGAUGUUGUGUAAAUAUAAAUCACUUGUACAACUGCUAGAAACAGUUGAUCUCGGUGGAAUGAAAAAUGAAGAAAAGCUUGCUUUCUGGAUCAAUGUUCACAAUGCCAUGAUGAUGCAUGCACAUAUAGAACAAGGGGUCCCGCAGAGUAACAGCAAGAGAUUGUUGCUUAAUAAGGUAUCCUAUAUCAUCAGUGGCCAGAAGAUAAACGUGGAGUUGAUAGAGUACCAAAUCUUGUGCUGCCGAGUACAAUCUUCCGGGCAGUGGUUAAGGUUACUUCUGUACCCGAGAUGGAAGCCCAGAGACAAGGAUGAGCUGCAAGGCUUUGCCAUCGAUCGGCCUGAGCCGCUGGUGCACUUUGCGCUGUCCUCCGGAAGCCACUCAGAUCCAGUGGUGCGUCUGUACAGCCCGAAGAGAGUGUUCCAGCAGCUGGAGGCGGCGAAGGAGGAGUUCAUCCGCGCCAACGUCGGCGUGAGCGGGUCGGGCCGCAGGGUGCUCCUCCCGAAGGUGCUUGAGUCCUACGCGAGGGAUGCCGGGCUAGGCGCGGGGGACCUGCUGCGCGUGGUGGAGUCCUGCCUCCCGGAGAGCCUCCAGGCGGCGCGGCAGCAGGGGAGGCCGCGCGGCGGCGGCGUGGAGUGGAGGCCCCACAACAUGGCCUUCAGAUACGUGCUGGCGCGGGAGCUGGUAGGGUCCCCGGCGUGCAGCAGGCAGUGA